AUGGGCAGGACCGUUUUGUUGGCUUGUGUAGCAUACUAUAUUCGUACAACGCAAGGAGGUAGAAAAAUUAGACGGAAAUCUACUGUGUCCAGAAAAACUUCAAUCGGUGUUUUGUCUGCAUCUGUAGCCGGCACACUAGUUCUUUUGAAUCAAGUUUCGAGCACUGUCCGUCUUUUACAUUUACGAGCUUACCGGGCAAAAGAUCAAGAUGCACAACAAUUUUGGCUUGUCCAUUUGAUCGGUUUGGUCUUGGUACCCGUCACAGGCGCUAUAAAUGUCUACAUCACCAGAGGACCACUUCAAGGCGAUACAGGAAUAGCAUGGUACGGUGCAGCAGUGGGAGGAUGGAGUUCUGCAAACUUUAUCGGAAGUAUAGCAAAUAUCUACCUUACAACGUAUGCUCGUGAUGUUAUCACAUCGAAAAAGGGUCUUAGAGCUUGA